AUGUUGAGUCGAAGCUCCAGAUUCGCAACAAGCUGCUCAAGACAGCAACUCUACCGCCAAACAAGAACCCCCCUCCGCAAUGCGCGCUGUCGCUACUCCACAUCUACAGAAUCAGGCACGGUGGGCGGUUCCCCCGCCGUAAUCGGCGGUAUCGCCGGUGGAACCGUCACAUUUGUCGCAGGAUGGGUCUGGUACCAAUUCUCCGGGGCGAAGACGUUCGUGCAGACUGCAAACCAAACAGAGACGUACUUCAAGGAGGCCAAGAGGAAGGUCGCCCAGAAGACUCCCGAGCCAGAUGAAGCGUUCGGGUGGUUGAGAGACACGGCCAAGAGCUACGCGUCGUUUAUCCCCGGCGCCAAGGGCUACGUUGAUAAGGCGUUUGAUGACCUGGAGCGCAUCAGACGGAACCAGGGCAAGGAGUUCGAUGAGAUUGUCCGUGAUGCGUACAAUGAUUUGCGGGAGGUCUCGAAGAAGGGUAAGUUUGAUGUGGAUACCGCGGUUAAGGUGCGCGAUGUGCUGGAGAAGCACUUUAAGCGGUUGUAUGAGCUGGCGGGUGAUUCUGCGGAGGAUAUCUUGGAUAAUCAUCCAGAGCUGAAGGAGAAGUUUGGUGGUAGCUUUGAUCGGCUGAAGGAGAUGGGCAGUGCCUAUGGCCCUCAGGCUCAGGAGGAGGUUGAUAAGACUUGGAAGCAGGUUAAGGAUAUUGUCGCCGGUGGUAUUAGUUCUGAUACUAUUGAGAAGAUCCAGAAGGUGGCUAAGGAGAAGGAGGAGAAGCUUCGGAAGCUUGGGAACGAGGCUUGGAAGCGUGGUCUCGAUGAGGCUCAGCCUUACCUUGAGAAGAGUCCGAAGAUCAAGGAGUUUGUUGACAAGAACACAGACGCCUUGAAGAAGGGCAACUACGCGAAGAUCUGGGGCAUGGUCAAGGAGAGUGCCUCCUCGGGAAACACUGAAGACUUGGAAAAGUACGUCAAGGAUCUCACCAGUCAAGCCAAGGAGAGCGGAUUCGGCAACCUGGAUAAACUGUCAAACAUGGUUCCUGGCGGUUCGCAGAUUCUUUCCCAGCUGCAGUCGCUCCAGAAUGCUGCGGAGAAGAAGGGCCCGGAGGCUGAGAAGCUUCUCAAGGAAACUAUCGAUGACCUCCAGGGAGUUUUGUCCGAGAAAGUGAAGAAAGCGGAGCAGCUUGCUGAGGAAACAAAGUCUGAGACCAAGUAA